UAAAUCCUAAAAUAACAAGGCAUUACAAAAAGAUAUAAAUAUUUCUUAAAACAUGUUGGGUAUCACAUGCAACUUCCACCAUGAAUGGAAAGCUCAUCGUGUUGGUGGCGCUCAUAGCCAUCGCCUCGUCACAAAGCAUACCAGGUUUAUCAGAUGCCGCAAAUUUACUCGAACUGCCCAACAAUGGCCUGUCUCAACUCCUCAACACAUUAUCCGAUGUUAUCAGCCAACUCCUAGACACCAUCAUUCUCCUCCUGGUAACCCUAUUGCGACCACUCUUCAUAGCAGAACCCAUUGUGGUGGAUGUCCCUGGAUUGGGUCAAGUUAAAGGAUUAGAAAAGAAAUACGAAUCAGACCCAUCCAAUGUCUUCUACUCCUUCAAAGGUAUACCAUAUGCUGAAUCAACACCAAGAUUUAAUGUCUCCCAAAAAAAGCAACCGUGGAAUGGUGUUCAUGAUGGCACCAUUGAAGGCAAAGUCUGCCCACAAUUCACUGGCCAGAUAUUCUACACUGGUCAAAUCAGUGAGGAUUGUCUACUCUUAACAGUAACCACCCCAGUAAAUCCUAAGAAUUUCACAACUCCUGCCCCAGUACUUGUUUUUGUCCAUGGAGGUUUCUAUGCAAUUGGAUCCUCACGUACCGCAUGGUAUGAUCCGGAAUUACUUGUUCAGGAAGGUCUUGUUGUGGUUAACCUACAAUAUCGUCUGAGUAUCUUCGGGUACGUCACUGAUGGUAACAUAAUCCCCAAGAAUCUUGGUCUGAAGGAUAUCCGAUUGGCUCUUAAAUGGGUAAAGGAUAACAUUGCUGCAUUUGGAGGUGAUCCCAAUAAGGUUACCAUUCAUGGUGAGUCCGCUGGUGCAAUGGCAGUAUCUGCUAUUUACCAAUCGACCAGGACCAGGCAUUUAUGUGAUGGUAUCUUCAUGCAAUCUGGUAAUAUCAUCACUCCGUUCGCAAUGAACAAGAACCCUCCACUGGCUUUCAGUAGGAUUGUCAACUCGACCAGAUGUGCAAUCACAGCUUUAUCAACUCCUCAACAACAAGUUGAUUGUCUUAGACAACUGUCAAUGGCCGAGUUGAGUUUGAAUGCUGGGGUUUUGCUUAUUACUGAAGAUAUUAUGAAUGCUGGAGUUAUUAAUGGUGGUGUUGCUGCUUUGGUCAUGGAAGACGCUAGUGAUUCUGAAGCUAUUAUCAUUGAAAAACCUGUAGAGCAGUUGUUUGCUGGUGAUAUCCCUAAAGAUAAACCUAUUCUGAUGACCAUCACUAGUGAAGAGAUGUUUACAUUCGAAGGAGCUUUGAAUGUCCUCCGUGGAAGGAGUAACGCUGGUUUGGUACCUAUGGGUAUGGCAGCUAGUGAUCCCAAUGAAGUUGGUAAGCUGAUUAAGAUUGAAUAUGCCGGAAGUGAAGCUGAAUGGGAUUUCGUGUAUCAAGAUGUUUACACAAGUUAUGGUAGUGAUGUUAUCUUCAACUUCCCAUCGCGUCUCUAUGCUCAUACAGCCGCACCUAACCUCAAUCCCAACGUAGGAAUUUACUUUAUGCAAUUCUCUGAUGCUAGUGUUAUUAGUUUGCUCAAUGAUGGUCAAUCUAAGGUUGGUCAUGCUGGUGAUCUCAUGCAUACAUGGAAGAUCCAGGCUGUUACCUUUGAUGCUACUAGGAAGCUGUUGUACUCAGAGAAUGACGUUAAAAGACGCAACCAGUUGAACAGACUCAUUGCCAACUUCGUCAAAUACGGAAACCCAACACCAGCACCUGAACUAUUGUUGGAUAACCUCGACUGGCCCCAGGUCAGCGAUCCAAAUCUCAUGAAUUACCUGGACUUUACUUCUGAUGGUUUGAAUGUUUUGCAAGAGCCCAAGAAUGAACACUACCAGUUCUGGAUCAAUACUUAUGCCAACUAUGGUAAUCCUACCAUUGGGUUGUAAUCAUUUUUAGAUACAAAGUUUGUUGUUGGUUAAAACUAAUAAUAAUAAAACUGUCAAUUGUUUACAA